CUCGUUUCCAAUCGCCUCUGUAGCUCUCUAGAGUUUAUUCCUUCCUUCUCUUCUUCUCCAUCUUCAUUUCCUUCCUCAUCACUUCUCUCCUCUCCUCUUCUUAUAUAUAGCAUCAGACACUGAGAUAAUCGAAUUAAACCAUUUUAUUGUUGUGUUCAAGAAAUUGAUAAAAAGAGAGAGAAAAAAAAUGGUGUUUUCUCAUCUGGGCUCUCUGCUCCUGGCUUUGUCUUUUCUUGCUGUUGUAGCUUCUGGGUCUCAUAGAAACCUCCCAAUUUUGUCAUUUGAUGAAGGUUAUACCCAGUUGUUUGGGGAUGAUAAUCUGGCCAUCCAUAGAGAUGGGAAAACCGUUCAUUUGUCUCUGAAUGAAAGAACAGGUUCUGGAUUUGUGUCGCAUGACCUUUACUUGCAUGGUUUCUUCAGUGCCUCAAUAAAAUUGCCUGCUGAUUACACUGCUGGAGUUGUGGUUGCUUUCUAUAUGUCAAAUGGUGAUAUCUUUGAGAAGAACCAUGAUGAAAUAGAUUUUGAGUUCUUGGGUAACAUCAGAGGCAAAGAGUGGAGGAUUCAGACCAAUGUUUAUGGAAAUGGAAGCACCAGUGUUGGCAGAGAAGAGAGAUACAAUCUCUGGUUCGACCCUUCUGAUGAUUUCCAUCAGUAUAGUAUUCUCUGGACUAAUUCUCAAAUCAUAUUUUAUGUAGACAACGUCCCAAUUAGAGAGGUUAAAAGGACACCACCAAUGGGUGGAGACUUCCCCUCUAAGCCAAUGUCCUUGUAUGCCACAAUAUGGGAUGGUUCAGAUUGGGCUACAAAUGGUGGUAAAUACAGAGUCAAUUACAAAUAUGCACCCUACGUUGCUGAGUUCUCUGAUCUGAUCCUCCAUGGCUGCGCUGUUGAUCCUAUUGAGCCAUCAUCAAAGAGGUGUGAGAACGCCAAGAGCUUGGAAGCAAUUUCUUCUGGCAUUUCCCCAUUGCAAAGAGCCAAGAUGGAUAACUUCAGGAGGAAGCACAUGACAUAUUCCUACUGCUAUGACCAAAUCCGCUACAAAGUUCCUCCCCCUGAGUGUUUGAUUGUUCCCCAAGAAGCCGAGCGACUUAAAAGGUUCGACCCUGUCACUUUCGGAGGAGGCAGGCGCCACCAUGGCAAAAGACACCACCGCAGCACCCAAUCUGGGACUGAUUCUGCCUAGAUCUUACCAGGGUACGCCAGCAUCAUACUCAUCUUUAUUCUAUGUUCUGUUUGAUCUAGCUGGGGGUCGGUCAGUUCUUUCUUGUGUAUAAAAAAAAAUGUGGGAGAGCACAGAUUUUUCCUGAAGGUGAUAUCAUUACAUGGGUUCAUGAUGUGGGCAUGUGUAUAGUUCAUACGAUUAGCUUCCCAGGUACUUUUUUAUCAUUGGUGUUUGUUUUUUGGCGUUUUAUAAAUUGAAUUUGGUGAUGGGUUUUCUGUACUUUCCUCGCACCCCUCUCAUGGGCAGAAUAAAUGCUCUUAAGCAUUUGCAUUUUUAUUUU